AAGCUUUCUUAUUUUUUUAAUAAAACGGAAAUAAGAAAUAGAAAUAAAAAUAUAGAUAAGUUAAACGCAAUAUACUUUUACGUUUACAUGGUCGAUGCGUUGUAACGUAUGUAUUUUCAUACUUACUGAGCAGCAAGAAAUAUAUAUAGGCGCAGUACGAUUCAUGAGGUAAUGUACAAAUUAAAGAAACAGAGAGAGUAAAGGUCAAAUGUUUUGUAUAUAUUACUAAUAAGUAAAGUAAGCAAAAGUAUGAGUUUAUCCGUAGAUCGAAGUUCGGAAAAUGCGUCAGAUUUGCAACUUGAAGAUUUUAUAGAAAAAGAAAGUCGAAGACAACUAUUUCAGAAUUUAGCGCUUAAUCUGACAGACAUUUGUUGGGAAACCUGCAUUGAUCGUCCUGCACCACGAUUGGAAGCCAAGAUAGAAAAAUGCCUUAUGAACUGUGUUGAACGUUUCAUUGACACAACUAAUUUCAUUACAAAUAGAUGGGAACGUAUUGCAUUAAAUAAAAGUUCUGAUAUUGAUUUGAAAUAGACUAUCUGAUAUUGAUUAGAAUAAAUAAGAAAUUAUACAGCUUACAAAUGAAUAUAAUUACUAUAUUUGUUUGAUUAAUCAAUUAAUCAAGUGUCACAUUUUUAAGAAAGAACUAUAUCAUAAAGAUUAUAAUUAAAAAAAU